AUGGAUAAAGUAGAGUCUGAAUGUGUCCUCUGUGUUUAAGAUGCUGAAAUCAUAGCAUUAGGGCAUUGCAAUCAUAAAACAUUCUGUUAUUAAUGUAUGAUCAAAAUGAGAGUCAUCAGCAAAAUUAAAACAUGUCCCAUAUGCAAACAAACUUUAGAUAAAAUUAUUCUUACAGAUAACUUACAAACUUAAUUCACUGAUUAUUCUAUCAAUUAAUUACUCUCCAUCAAUUAUUCAGUAUACAUUUUUAUCUAUAUAUUUUCUAGAAAGAUUCAAAAGAUGUAUUCUUUACAGAUUCUUAAGUCAUCAAAAAUAAAAUUGAAAGUUUAAACAAUUUUAAAUGUCCAAUUACAGACUGUCAAUAUGAUUAAUAAAUUAACAACUUCAAUCAAUUGAAAUUACACUUAAAAAUAGAACAUAUGCGUUUUUAUUGGUAUAUUAUUCAAUUCUAUAUUCUUAGUGAUGUUUGUGUAGAACAAAAAACUUGUUUUUUAGCAGAAUAAUAAUUAUACACAGAAUAUUAAGUUAGACAUCAUAUUAAUUAUGGUGAUAUUGAUGAAGAUUCUAAUAUCAUCUUUAAACAUCCAUAUUGUAAGUUUUGUAAAAAACAUUUUUAUGAUGAAGACAAAUUUAAAUAACAUUUAAAUCUUGCUCAUAUUAAUUGUAGCUUAUGUGAAGAUAAGAAAUUCACUUUUUAUAAAGAUCAUGGAAGUUAUGAAAAACAUCUAAAAUUAUCACAUUAUUUAUGUGAAGAACCAGAAUGUAAAUAAAUGUUAAUUGUUUAUAAAACAUCUGGAGAAUUAGAUUUACAUAAAUAAUAAAGUCAUUGUAAUGAUCCUAGAAUUAAAAAAAUAUCUAAUUUAAAUGUGUAACAAUUUGCAGGAUUUUAUGAAGAUCCUAAAUAAAAAAAAUAACUUAAUGAUAAAGAAGGUGAAGAUUUUACAGAUCAAUUCAUUUCACUUGAAAAAACUAAAUUAAGAGCUGUCAUGUAAAUUGAUGAACAUAAAGAUGAAGCUAUUGAUUUUAGAGAUUACAUGUAUGUAGACUAUAAUGAUGAGUAAGAUAAACUUAAUGAUUAGAGUGAAAAAAUGCAUGCAUAAUAAAAUAUUAAUCUAGAAGAUUUAUAAUUAAUUAAACCCCACACACUUCCACAUAUGAAAUUUCAAUCAUUUUUGUCAAAAUGUGCUUAAUUCUUUAAAGGUCAAAAAAAUAAAGAAGAAUUACUAAGAAAAUAAAUUUAACUUUUUGAAUCUGAAAAAAUUAGUGCUGAAAAUUUCGUAAGCAGCUUCAUCAAAAUGUUUGAACCAAAAACAGGACUAAGAUUAAUUACUUUUUAUAUGGCUAUGAAUGAUGUUAGAGAAAAUAAAGGUUUAUGGAAAAUUUUAGAUGAUGCUUAUUUAAAAGAAAUAUAAGCACUUCCUAGAAUUAAUAAUCCAAUUAUUAUUAUCUGUAAAACAUAUUCAGAAUUAUUUAUUAAAUUAUUGAAUGAAUUAAAUAAAAAUUUAAUCAAAAGAAUAGAAGAUGGAGAUUUGGUUAAUUAUUAAGAUACGAUUAUGCCUAGAGAAAGAAUAUUUUAAUUAAUUGAGGUUUUAAGACAUGUAAGAACAUCUGAAAUGGGAAAAUUCAAAUUUGCUUUAAAUUUUGGUCUUAGCACAUAAAUAUUAGAACACAUCAAACAUAAAAUACUUUUAGAUGAUAUUUCUAAAAUUUAAUGUAAUUUUUAAAUACUUAUCAAUUAGAACACAUAUUAUUUAUAUCAAAUCAUGAUUUGGUUCCGUUCUAUCUUUAUGUUAAUUUGAGUAUGAAGAUUUUGAGAGGAGAAUAAAUUCACAAAGAAAAAAAAGAUCUAAAUGAAUGCGUUUAUUAAGAAUUUUUUUAGAAUAAUAAGAAACUAUACAGUUUAAUUAAAAAACCUGAUAAUAUUGAAGCAAACAGAUAGUAGUUUUUAUCUAAAUAAAAUAAUAUGCUUAAUAGAAAUGGCAUAGAUAUGAAUCCAGCUGAUUUCCCUUCCUUACGUAUUUCUUUUUUAUAAUUCCUAUAGCUGCUUAAAAAUAAGAUUAAAAGUCAGAAUUAAAUUCUUAAGUUAAGUCAAAUGAACCCUAGUAAUAGUAAUAAUAAGAUAAAAAAUCUAAAUAAAAAUAAUAAUAAGCACAACCUAUUGGUAAAUGGAAAAAUAGUGGAGCAGCAAUUUUUUAAAAUUAAGCAGCUAUUGAUGAUUAAUUUCCAAGUCUGAUUACAAGUAAUCGUACCUAUUAAUUUAAAAAUAUAGCUGAAACUCUUUCAAAAAAUAUGAAACCUGAUAAUGGACAAUUUAAAGAUGAUGAUAGCUUUGUGCCUUUAAAAGAUUAUAAACCUGCUGAACCUAUUGAAGAUAUUUUGAAUCCAAUUAUACCUGUAAUUUUGAAAUUCUAUAUUAUUAGAAAAAAAAUACAGAAAUGAAAGAAGUUGGUAAAAUUAAGAAAAAGAAUAAAACAAUUGUCUAAAUUUCAGGAGGUUUUAGAUGAUUAGUCUUAUUUAUUGAAUGAUUAAUUGAUUUGCUUUGGGGAU